AUGCUUACCCUACCUGAACAUGGGUCGGAAACCCAGGAGAAGUUCGACACAUGUCACGACAUUGAAUCCAUGAAGUCCAUGCAGAGUUUCAUGCAGAUGAAUUCGUCGCAGAGCAUUGCCUCAUUCAGCCAUGCUCGUCAUGAUUCCGACCGUACCCUCAUCCCAGACCACAGCCGCCAGUGCCUUACAGCCGAUACGACCAAGACCAAGGAAGAGCACCCGGAAAGUAAAAUCGCAGAGGAAUCGAGCACCUACCUUGAAGGGUGGUCACUGUUUCUCCUCUCCGUGGCUAUUUGUCUCGCUGUCUUCAUCAUCUCGAUAGACCGAACGGUCAUCACUACGGCCAUCCCCUACAUCACGGAAGAGUUCCAGUCUACCAGCGAUAUUGGAUGGUACGGCUCCACGUACCUCAUCACUGCCUCAGUAUUCCAGCCCGUCUAUGGUCGGGUGUACACGAUGUUUUCCGCCAAAUGGUCCUAUCUCGCGUCCAUUGCCGUGUUCGAGAUCGGCUCCCUCAUUUGCGGAGUUGCUCCCAACUCGACGACUCUCAUCAUCGGGAGAGCAAUUGCAGGCUUUGGAAGUGCCGGCAUACUGACUGGAAGUUUCGUUGUCGUUGCCUUUACUGUCCCUCUCCAGAAACGACCCAUCUACACGGCUGUUGUCGGAGUCAUGUUCGGUGUUGGUGCUACUGUUGGCCCUCUAUUUGGUGGAAUUUUCACAGACUUCCUGGUCUGGCGGUGGUGCUUUUACAUCAACCUUCCAUGCGGGGCGCUCACCAUCAUCGCGUUCUUCAUCUGCUAUCGUUCGAAAAAUGAGCGCUCAUGCGACAAGCCUCUGAAAGAGAAGAUACUGUCUCUUGACCUCGUUGGCAACGCCAUGAUAUUGGGUGCCGCUGUGAUGCUGUUCUAUGCCUCGGAGGAAGCUAACAUGGGAGCGGCAUGGGACUCUCCUCUGAUCAUCGGCCUCUUCACCGGAUCUGGUGUCACCGCAAUCCUCUUUGGUGUUUGGCUCUGGUACAGACAGGACGAUGCCCUUAUCCCGCCCUCCAUCAUAUGUCGGAGGACCGUGGCAGCUGCCGCUGGAAUGGCUUUCUUUGUCUACGGCGCACUCUUGCUACAGUCGUACUUCCUCCCGGUGUGGUUCCAAGGAGUUCUUGGAAAGAGUGCCCUCAUAUCUGGUGUUGACAUGAUUCCCUACUUCGUCAUCAACGCCGUUUUCUCCGUCAUUGCUGGAGUUUUCGUCUCUGCGGUGGGGUACUAUGUGCCUCCCUGUCUGGUGGGAAAUGCGAUCGCAACGGUUGGCUGUGGACUUCUCACACUGUUGUCCCCCGAGACGACCACGGCCCAAUGGGCUGGCUUCCAAGUCCUCGUGGCGGCUGGUUUCGGGCUGUCUAUCCAGCAAGGCUUCACAGCAGUCCAGACAGUUCUAUCGGAGGAAGAAAUGGCUAUUGGAACUGCUGUAGUCGUGGCAUGCCAGUCCCUUGGAGGGUCUAUCUUCAUCUCUGUCGGCAAUACCAUCUUCCAGAGUCACCUGCUUAGCGAGGCCACUCUGUCGAAGUUCCCAGACGUCGAUAUCAAGGCUGUUUUUACGCGCGGUGCUACAGCCUUCCGCGAGUUCGUGCCCAAGGAUACCUUGCCUGAAUUCGUUGAAGAGUACAAUGAAGCGCUGAGCACUAUGACUUUCCGCUCUAUGCUUCGCCGAGGCGUGGCCGCGACAAAUGCUCCCGACAUGACCAAUGAGGUAGCCCAAGGCAAAAACGAGAAUACUGCCCGCUCCCCCCAAGAUCCGGCCGAACUUGGUGAUAUGAAAGAGGCGUUCGAGGACAUCGUCAGCCCAGACGCACAGCGCGGUGUGCAAGAUGUCGAGGCCGUAACAGCCACCUGGUCGAGAGGCUCUCUCGUAGCAGUCUUCAUCUUGAUGUUCCUGCUGUACUUUGUCAAUGCCAUGCAGUCCACCAUUCUCGGUAGUCUGGUGGCUUUCGUCACGAGCGACUUUGAGACGCAUUCCCUGCUCACAGUCAUUUACAUUGUUGCAAACGCCAUGGCAGCGGCCGUGUACAUACCCAUGGCCAAAAUGCUUGACGUUUGGGGCCGCGGUGAAGGGUUCCUGGUCAUGGUUGCCUUUGCUACGCUAGGCUUGGUUCUGAUGGCCACUUCCCACGGCCUCUCUACUUUCUGUGCUGCAGAGGUCUUCUACUCGAUCGGCUUCGGCGGCAUGACCUACAGUAUCGACGUCAUCACUGCCGACACCUCCCAGCUGAAGAACCGUGCACUUGCUUUUGCCUUCACCUCUUCACCAUACAUGAUCACUGCUUUUGCCGGUCCCAAGGCUGCAGAGGGAUUUUACAACGAUAUCAACUGGCGGUGGGGGUUCGGAGCAUUCGCUAUAAUCCUCCCCUUUGUAGCCGCACCCUUAUUCAUCCUCCUCAAACUCCACCUUCACAGGGCCGAGAAACAGAAACUCGUCGUAAGGGAGAGAAGCGGCCGGACACUUCUGCAGAAUAUAUGGCACUAUGCUCUCGAGUUCGAUGCUCUUGGCGUUGUGCUAUUUUCUUCCGGCUUCACCGUCUUCCUCCUUCCAUUCACACUCGCCGAUUCGGCCCCGAACGGCUGGUCCUCGGGAUACAUUAUUGCUAUGAUCGUCGUCGGGUUUGUCGUUCUCGUGAUCUUCGGGCUGUAUGAGACAUUCCUGGCACCUGUCCCUUUCAUUGAUGCCAGACUCCUUGUCGACAGGACCGUCGUUGGCGCAUGCCUGCUGGACAUUACGUACCAGGUUUCCUACUACUGCUGGAACAGCUAUUUUACUUCCUUCCUUCAAGUUGUCAACAACCUCAGCCUCGCGGAAGCCGGAUAUGUUAGCAACACCUUUGAUGUCGUAUCGGGUGUACUGCUACUCAUAGUUGGUUUCGGCAUCCGGAAGACUGGCUAUUUCAAAUGGCUGCUAUACAUUGCAGUUCCCCUGUACAUUCUUGCUCAAGGCCUGAUGAUUCACUUCAGGCAGCCGACCCAAGACAUCGGAUACGUUGUCAUGUGCCAGAUAUUCAUCGCCAUGGGCGGCAGCAUUUUCAUACUGUGCGAGCAAGUCGCUAUUCUGGCAGCAGCAGAUCACAAGAACGUUGCCGCGGUGCUUGCUCUACUGAACGUGGCUGGCAACCUUGGCGGUGCAAUCGGCAACACCAUCUCGGGUGCGAUUUGGACCAAUACUUUUGAAAAUGCUCUCCGGCGCUACCUUCCCGAAACAUCCCAGUCAGACGUGGAUGCCAUUUAUGAGGAUCUUACCAAGCAGCUAAGCUAUGAGAUGGGCAGUCCCGAGAGGUUGGGCAUCCAGAGGGCGUAUGGUUACUCACAGACGAGGAUGCUGGCAGCUGGAACUGGCAUCAUGGCUCUGACGUUUGUCGCUGUUCUUCUGAUUAGAAACCUCGAUCUGAGGAGGAUCAGGCAAACAAAAGGCAUGGUGUUUUAG